GAUGCGACGUUUUUGGAUUAGCUGGCUGGAACAGGAAGACAAACAGGCAGACAAACUUUGGUUGAUUCCAGAAGGAAAGAAAAGUUUCCCUCUUAUUUUCGAGGCCCUCAGCAGAGAUGACAUUGCAAUGGACUGCUGUGGCCCUCUUUCUCUAUGCAGAGAUUGGCGUGAUUCUUAUCCUCUGUGUGCCCUUCAUCUCUGCCAGGAGGUGGCAAAGUAUUUUCCAGCUGAGGAUCUGGGGCUUCAUGGCGAGGUUCUGGAACAAAGUGUUUCUUACGAUGAUCAUAGUACUUAUCGUUCUCUUCCUUGAUGCUGUGCGUGAAGUGAGAAAGUAUUCAAAUAGAGAACACAGCCCAGAUGCCAAGCUGCAACCAAACAUGUUUGACCACCUGCACAUGAAGCUUUUUAGAGCCCAGAGGAACCUCUACAUCUCUGGCUUUGCUGUCUUCCUCUGGCUGGUUAUGAAGCGAGUGAUCACCUUGAUUAACCAGCUGGCAUCAGUGUCUGCAUCUACAGCUGCUCUUCAGGUACAGGCUGACAACGCUAACCAGACUGCCAAGAAAUACAUUGAGGACAAUGAGCUGUUGAAACAGACUCUGAUGGAAGGGAAGGGUGAUAAGGCUACUGCAGAGGGCAUGGAGCUGUUGAGGAAGGAGGUGGAGAAACUGAAGCAAGAACUAAAGACUGCAGAAGUUGCCCUGACGAAGUCCCAGUCAGAGGCGGAUGUAAUGAAGAAGCAGACAGAGGGCCUGGCCAGGGAGUACGACAGACUGCUGAAAGAACAUCAGGAGCUCCAGAAUCUUCAAGAUAGUGGAAGCAAAAAGGACGACUAGUUAUUGUAAAAUGUUAAAAGGUGUGAGUGUUUACCCAGCAAUUUAGCCUAGUCACGAGAAAGCCACUGCAACACAUGCUUUACCUUCAUAUAACACCUUGUGUCACAAUUCAUAUCACAAGACCAGGAUUGGCUCCUCGGAAAUGCAGACUUUUGGCAGAUAUCAGUAAUGGUUUUAAAGCAUGGAGGGGAAUUUCUAUUGGCCACAGACUGGCUUAAAUGGAAUGAGUAAUAUUUGAUGGUUUCCUGUUUCUGCCUGGCGCAGUGUGACUAAGAGGAUUGUUUUUUCCAAGUUUACACUUUAUCAGGCAGAUUAUUUGUGCAAGGUAAUUGGGGAAAAAUUCAGUUCAAUCCAGCUUUGAUCACAGAGCACUUAAUAUGUUAAAGAAAUAAGCACUCUAUUACUGUGGCAAACAGCUAUGAAUGUAUUUUGAUACUGAAGAUUUGCUUCUUUAUUUCCAUCUGUAGCAGGGACACUUGCUGCACCCACUCUGAGCUUAAUACAAUGUGUAAAUUCAGCCUGCACUUGCAUGACUGUGCAGAUAUAGUUUGCAUGUGCAGUUGCACAUAAACAAAUCAUCUUCAUGAGGUUUGUUGUAUUCCAGUUAAUGUUCUGUACUUAAGUGGUUGUGGUGGUAAUCAUUAGAGAUUUCAGCAUCCAGCACCUAAGUGUUUUUCAUCUUUCUUUUGGCUUCCUUCUUAAUUUUAAUUUAGGAGGAAUUUUAACUUUUCGUAACAUACCUGUGGGUAUAAAUAAAACAGAAUAUCUAUAGGGAUAGAAAACGUAAUCAUUUAUGGUCUUAAUUUAGGCAUAAAAUAAAAUAAUUCAUGUUUCUUGGCCACAGAUUCCUUUGUAUUUGCUGCACUGUGUGUUUCAAGUGUUUAUUUUUGGGUUAGAGCAUCGAUUACAGUGGCGAUGGCUCUGUAUGAAAAGGGGCUGUAUGUUUUUCUUAUAUUUCCGUUAUCCAGACAGAGCUAUGCUACUGUGAAAGAGGAGCUGUGAUUGUAAUCACCAGUUGCUUCAAGGUUUCCUGGUUGUUUUUGCUAGAGUGGUUAUUGCAUGGGCUUACCACAUUUACGUUUCAGGUCAUAAAAUUGCAACACUGCCUAUUCAAGUUGUGUUCUUAUAUUUUUGUUAUAGACAGAAAUCAGAAUGAAGUGCCUUGUAGGUGGAUGCAGCAAAUUUUGUUUAAUAAAGAUCUCUUUCUCUA